AGAGAGAGAGAGAGAGAGAGAGAGAGAGAGAGAGAGAGAGAGAGAGAGAGAGAGAGACAGAGCGGGGGAGAGACAGAGCGAGGGAGAGACAGAGCGAGGGAGAGGGGCGCGCAAAAGGAAAACUGCACAAUCUGAAAAGGCUCCCUAGCGCGCGGAUCUUUCGACGGCUGCACCAUUCAUUUGGACUGUCGGAAAGGACGAGUAUGUUUAGCACGCGGGCACUCACGCUCCUGUCCUCCGUGUUUGGGGCGUGCGGCCUGCUCCUGGUCGGCGUGGCUGUGUCCACAGACUACUGGCUGCUGAUGGAGGAAGGUGUCAUUCUGCAGCAGAACCAGAGCAUGGAGGUCAGGAUGGCCCUGCACUCCGGCAUGUGGAGGGUCUGCUUCGUGGCAGGACCUGAAAAGGGGAGAUGUGUAGCAUCAGAGUACUUCACCACUGAAGCUGAGAUAGAUAUUGUGACCGAAAACACUGCAAAUAUACUGAAGAUGGUACGGACAGCCACGCCGUUCCCCAUGGUGUCGCUGCUCUUCGUCUUCACUGCCUUCGUCAUCAGUAACAUUGGACACAUCCGGCCACAGCGCACCAUCCUGGCCUUCAUCUCCGGAAUCUUCUUCAUCCUCUCAGGGCUGAGCCUGGUGGUGGGCCUGGUCCUCUACAUCAGCAGCAUCAACGACGAGGUGAUGAACCGGCCGCGUGAGCCCGAGCACUUCUUCCACUACCACUACGGCUGGUCCUUCGCCUUCGCUGCCAGCUCCUUCCUCCUCAAAGAGGGUGCCGGGGUGAUGUCUGUGUACCUAUUCAUGAAGCGCUACGCCGAGGAGGAGAUGUACCGGCCCCACCCGUCACUCUACCGCCCCCGCCUGUCCGAGUGCAGCGACUACAGCGGCCAGUACCUUCACCCCGAGUCGUGGCCUCCUCCGCAGAGGGGCCGCAGCGCGUCUGAGGUCUCCAGUGACAUCUCCAUCCAGCUGAACCAGACGCCCCCGCCGCCCAAGGGCAGCUCCCAGCAACAGCAGCAGGCCCCGUCCUCUGGCCCCUCCUCGGGCGCCAGCUACCAGCAGUCCUCCUCCUCCUACCCCCACCACACCAUGUCCUCCCACCCCCUCCACUCCAGCCACCACACCAUGUCCUCUCACCCCAGCGGGCCUCCUCCCCAGUCCAUGCCCAUGGCCAUGCCCCCCUCUGCCCAGCCCCCUCCCCGCUACCACCAACACAUGCGCAUGAGUGCCUCGCCAUGCUAGAAGGGGGAGUGAGGGAUGAGGGAGGGGGGUAGACAGAGUGAGGGUUGGCUCUGUUGUACUCGCAACACACAGAGACAGAUGCAAACACACACGCACAUACACACACCCAAACACACAGAUGCACGCAUGAAGAGUGUGGGAGGAGAGAUGGAAGCGAGGAUGAGAGAAGGAGAUUUAGGAGAUCAAGAGAAAGAAAGGAAUGAACGAGGGAAAGAGAACGAGGUGGGCGGAGGAUGAUUUAAAAUGUGUGCUGUGCCUCAGAUGAAGACAGACAUUUUAGCAAACUUUCAGAGAGAGGGAGGAAACGAGAGAGGGAGAGAGGGGGGGGAUAUGAUAAUUAUUUACACAAUAAGAAAAAGAGGGAGGAGAGGUAUGGGGGGGCUGUAAAAAAAGAGUGCUGCUGUUUCAGAAGAAGACGCAUUAGAUGCAUUUCAAGCACUAACACACACAAGAAUCAAGGACACAUUGUAUAUGCAUAGAGAUUUAUACUUAAACUGUAUAGACAUUUUUCUUUAAGUGCUGGGAAAACAAAUGUUGAAAAAUGAACCAUGUUUGUCUUUCAUGAGAUGUGUAUUACUGUAUGAUUAGGUCUAUCAUUGUAUUAAUUGUAUUGUUUGUAUUUGAGAGGCAUUGUUGGAUGAAUGUUCCCGUAGACUUCUGAAGAUCAUUCAAGAUGGUUCUGUGACUCAAACUGUACAUAUUAUAACAUAUCAGAUUCUCCUCUAGCAUUCUUCUACUAUACAUGUCCAGGUCGCAGGCUUCAGCAUCCGUUUUGGAAUCCAUAAAAACACUUGAAUUUUUGUUGUUAUGUUUUUGACUAAAAUGUCAUGGUAACAAAGAAAAUCCAUAACUUUCCAUCAUUUAUAAAUAUUUACGACUGAGAAUAUAAAAAAAAAAAUGUUUAAAAAAAUUACUACCAAGAAUGAGAGCAUAUUUGCAGAUCCCGCGAGGCUUAGGAUCUUCCUUUGAUUGCUAAUUAGCUUGAGUGUUCAUAUUCUGUAGCACAUGGCUGAUUACCAGUAGCGUAUCUUCUCUUUAUAGUUACCAGAAGAGCUUCCCAUUUAGCGAUGGAGUAGAUUGAUGAAGUAAAGACUGUGUUUGUUUUGAAAUGUUUACUUUUCUCCUUCUGACUGUGACUGGGUUUAUAUAAUACAUGCUGCCUAUGUAGCCUACCCACUGUACUACAUGUUUACAUUCUAUUCUAUGUGUAUUGGUAUACUUAUAGUAAAUGUAACACACACACACACACACACACCAGCUUCAACAGUCCUGCUAUAACUACAAUUACUACUACUACUACUAUUUCUACUACUAAUAUCAAAAUAAAGAUUGUGGCCAUUAUCAUUAGCUAUGUUUAUAAACAUUUGUAUUAUAAUAAUAAUGUCAGUAAAUGCAACACGACAACUUAUAAAACCAUACAUGAGGAUGUGAAAGACAGAAAGGGGUUACUAUGAGUUCAACAUGGUCGGAUAUAAAGCACAGAAAUAUAUUUCAAGACAGCGUCUAUGUCAGUGAGAGCAUAGACAGCGUCUAUGUCAGUGAGAGCAUAGACAGCGUCUAUGUCAGUGAGAGCAUAGACAGCGUCUAUAUAAAGGAGAGCAAAACAUGACCAAUGGGUCUCUGUACCACCCUCUAGUGCUGUUGCUGUGAGUCUGAUAGCUCUGCAUCCGGGUUGAACGUUUGUAUCAUGACAUGCACACUUUUGUAGCGAACAAGACCGAUAGCAAUUCCUGACUUGGGGAUAGAUUUAUAACAAAGUCUUGUAAUAUCGCAGUACAAAUAGUGAACAAAUCCCACUAGACAUUGAAUUGCAUUCCAAUUGUUUUCCUAAUACGAUGUGAUUGUUUUUCACGAAUUCCAGAUCUUUUCCUGCAAUCAGAUAACUUGAUCAAAUGUUUUUUAAUAUUUAUAUUGUUCAUUAUGUAGCAGAUGCACAUACACAUGUGAUGGAAGGUAGUAUUAUUUAGUUUGGGACCCAGGACAGUGAUGUACAGCCUAUAAUAGACUAUAGAGUCAAAUAUAUGAAUUCAAUAUCAAAGAACAGGACUGGCUCCUGCUGGAGAGAAAGUGAUAAGAUAACUAAUAUUUGUAGCUUGUUCUAUAAUCAUAACAGGUAGAAUAGCGUAUUGGUGUAGUUGUAUUAAAGCUAUAGUGUAAAUAUAUAUUUAUAUAUAAAAUAUAGGCCUAUUAUAGGCCCAUUAUUAUUUGGUGUGAAAGGUUGAUUCAUUGAAAGAGAGAAAGAGGGAGAGAGCGAGAGGGAGAAAGAGGUGACAAGGGUAGCUAUAAGAAUUGUUUAAAACAAAUGCUAAAACUAUUUUGUAUUUUGUCAAUGAAGUAUUAUCCUCUGUUGUUUUUCCUCAUUAAACUACUCUGUUAAAUUGAGGUUUGCUUUCAGAGAGCCAUAUGGCUUCACUAGCCAAUGAAUGUUAUUGAAGUUGAGGACGAUUGGGGUUUUCUGUAGCUGAAGUAAGAUUCUGUUUUUUUCUCCAUGUUUGCCUU